GCAGGCGGCCUGGUCUCGUCUCACUCGUUCCUCACGCGCCGCGAGCGGGCGCUUCCGUUGCUCUUUUUCGCGAUCACUGUCGAGCACAGGCGGCGCAACUCCUGUAGUUCCGCGUGCUAUCGCAGGUGUUCGUCGUGAUCGGUGGUGGCGGUACGAGGCGCAUAGAUUAACUAACUUGUCUGGAAAGGAACCCGUGACUUUGAAGCUUGCUUUGGCGGCCUCUGAGAGCCCUCGAAUCUGGUCUCCCUGUCUCCUUUCUUUACUGGUUUAUCGCCGGGCGAUGGAGAAAAUUCCAGCGGCCUGCGCUAUGACGUGGAGCAUCGAGCUCGAGAAGGGCCUUCGCUCCAAGUGCCCAGAUAAACGCAUUCUAGCAAUUGAGAAGAUGGGACCAAUACUCCAAACAUGGAGUGAGGAGCUAAACAUUACAAGGGAAAUUGCGGAUAUGUACAAUUUGGUUGUAGGUGAGGACAGAACAUUUGCAAACACCAUUCUUCUUCGGCUUGCCAAUGCAUUUAAGUGUGGAGAUAACCAUACAAGGCAAUGUGUCUUGAAAGUAUUCCUCUUAGAAAUGCCACAUAUUAGGAAGGAAAGAAAACGGUAUAAUGGAAUUUUAGCAAAGAGAAGAGUACCUAAUUAUAUAGAGAUGCUUAAAAGAGUGAAAGUAGUUUAUGACACAGGUGAUGCUGAAGCUAAAACUUUGUCGUUGCGGCUUUUUGGUUGUUGGGCUGAUCUUGCCAAGGAUAGUACUCACAUAAGAUACAUUGUACUUCAGAGUCUGCAAUCUUCCAAUAUCUCUGAGGUAAAAGCAUCUUUAUUUGCUGCAGGAUGCUUUGCUUUGUUAUCUGAGGAUUUUGCGCUCAUCACUUUGGAAAUACUGCUGAAUAUUGUUGGCUCAUCAAUGUCGCCCUUUGAUGUGUCCAUUGCUGCAAUUCAUGCCAUUCCUAGAAUGCAAUGCUCAUCUAUGGUUGCAUCCAAAGCAUACAAGGCAGGUAAGAAACUAUUAUUGGGUGCUUUAAAUGUUGAGUUUAAAGCUGAGAUGCUGUCUUCACUUUCAAAGCUAGCCUUCAAAUCAACCACCUUGUACUUUGAACAGGUUGACUUACUCCUAUCAUUUCUAAACAAUGAUACUACUUAUCCUUUGAAAGUUAGAGCUUUAAAAUGUCUAUAUUUCUCUUUUGGUAGACCUACUUGCUGCUUUAAUGCCAAUGAGAGUGUAAUUUUGAAAUUACUGCAUGUUGUUGAUAACAAUGAUCAUCAAGUGCAUGUUCAAUGCAAAGCUUUAAAGAUUCUAUGCAAGUUGUUCAGCAGUGUGCUACCAGAUGUAACAUAUGUGGACCUGCACGCUUUUCUUAAGAGGCUUCUGUUGAUAUCAGAACAAAAGUCCAGUAGGACAAAAAUAAGUCUUGUUCAUCAGCUUCUUGUGCAUAUCUUGUGCAGCCUUAAGUUGGCAGAGAAAGGGCAUUGUUGUACAAGAAGUCCAAAUGUUUUGACCUCUGAAAUAGAUGCUUCAGCAAUUGAAUGCCAAGUUAUAUCAAUGAUUGUAGAUUAUUUAACACAUAUGAUUAACCAAACUAUAACUAAUCCCAGCGAGAGAGGUAUAAACAUGGAGACUGAUAUGCCCUGUACUGAUUUAAUACAGGAAUGCAGGAGAAAAUUUAGACUUAUUCUACUUCUGGCCACAGAAUAUCCUCUAGCACCUUUGACAGGUCUAGAUAGGAUAAUAUGUAUGUUACAGACCCUCAAGGGUAUACAUGAUAAAUCUUCGUUGGAAGGCAUUCGUGCAUUAGUUUCUCAGGAAGAAUUUCAUAUGAAAAGUUGGGGGCUUCAAGUGUGUCAUAAGCAAGAUCUCUUUUAUUCAGAAAUAGCAAUUUGCAUAAUCAGAUUCAUGAAUGCUUAUAUGAAAAAACUAAAUGGUAUUGCUUCUCUUAGUAGUGAAGUUCGUCAGAAGGUGAAGCUUUUAGUGGAGUGUAUACAGCAUAGCUGGUAUGCCAGUAGUGCUGCUUAUGAAAUUUUCUGCCUCUGCCAGGAUCCUUUUGUCGUAUGCUCCUUAGGUAGAGAAGCUGAUAAUCAAGCACAAAAUUCAGAUGAAUCAGGGUCUGGUAGCAUUGAUAGGAUAUAUGAUAACAUUUGCUGGGUCAAUCAGGAGUGGAAGUCAAUGGAAUUCAUUCAGAGGAUGCUGCAAAAGAGAAAUUACUGGGCAGCAUAUAGAGCUGGAAAAUAUUCUUGUCUUGAAGGUCUGUGGUUUUCAGCAACUUUUGCCUUCAGGAAAUUGAUGGAUCAUAUAGAUUCAGCAAACCUUUUUUGCUGGUUGAAGUGUUUGAUGCUGUUGGCUGGUAGUGAGAGUGAAAUUAAACUGCUACUUUUUCCCAAAGCAGGCAGAGAAUUGGUCAAUGGGUUGCAGACAGUUAAGGACUGUAGCAAAAUCUUGACCUCUGUUAUGGGAGGAGAUAAUGAUACAAUUGCAAAUUUGAGUGGAUGGGAUGGGAAAUUCACAAAAGUUUGUGGUAGAAUAUGCUCUGCAGAAGAAACAUUAGCAUCAGCUGGUGUUUCAGAUGGCAUCUACUAUUUCCAGAGGUGGUUCCUCCAUCUUAGAGCUAAGUUGUUUAAUAUCCUGGCUGAUACACUUGUAUUGCUCAAUUCUAGUGUACCAUCUUUUAUAAACCUUUGUAAUGAGGAAGAAAACAAAAUGCUCCACGGUACAAAAUUUACACAAAAUUUGAAUGUUUUAAUGUCUGGCUUGGCCUACGAGUCAUUCAGGUUGAACAAUUUAGCCAAAUGCUAUGAUCUUCUUGCUUCAUCUUUCUUAGAUAUUGACAGCCAAAGUUUUAAGGCAAUCUCAUCAAUGGCACUUCACUGCUCUUUGUUGUCCUUUUGUAUUGCAUUUACCAUGCACUUCCCAUGUUCACCUGCUUACAGAAAUGUCCCGAAGUUUUCAUCCACUUUGAUCUUGCGAGACCUUAUUGAGCGUUUUUGGACUACAGAUGACAAAAUUUCUAGGCAACUCAUGUCCAUGGCUGCCUUAUGCAAUGAAAAUGGGCAGUCAUGUUCAGGAAUAUGUACUGCUACUCCUGAUUAUGUAGAGAGAGAUAAUUUGCAGGUAUUUAACUUCUGUAUAUCAAGUACUCUUAGCAUCCAAGAAGAAGUGAAGGGAGCGAAAAGUGAGGAGAUACCUUUAUUGUCAUUGCGUGGGCUGCGGCUUCUUUGUGAUAUUUUCAGAAGAUGGAUGGAAAUACCUUUCCAUAUUCCCAAAUAUUUUUUCACUCUCAGGUCUUGUAUUGGUGCUGAGCUCUUCAUCCUAAAUGCUGACCCUGGGAACAGAAGUGAACUAUCUGUCCUACACGGUGAUUGUAUGUCCCUAAGUCUGUGCAUCCAACUGAAGAAUGCAUCAACAGCCCUAUGCCCAAAAGUUAUGGAAAUUUACUCCAUUCUUGCUGCAAAACCAUCAAAGCAAUCAUCCCCUGAAAAAGGGAAAGAAGAUUGUUUCAAUGCUUUCAAGAUUGAUGAAAUGCUCGAGUUGAAUAGUCUUCUAAUGAUGCAUGUAAAGGAUACCACUCGGAAGGACAAUAAAAUUAACUUUAUGAAUAGUCCUGGAUAUGAAUGGGUGAUUGCAUUUUCAUCUUUUCGACCAAAUAAAAGAGGCCAGGGAUUUUCAUCUUGUUUGCUGGAUGUUUCCGCAUUCCCUGAGGGCAUUUAUCAAAUCCAGUGGCAUAGUUGUUGCAUUGAUGAAAGUGGAACCUAUUGGACUUUAUUGCCUCUGACUCCAGGUGCAUUCUUUACAGUAAAAAUGUCGUGACUAUCAGAAUAUGUUUUUGAAAGAAAGAAUCUUAAUAGACAAAUUCAGAUUUGGAACUUACAUAGUAAACGACUGUUCAUGUUUACCAAAUGUUGAUGCAGUGAUGCUAUACAGAAAGAAAUUAUAUUUUUGAUACGAACUUAUACACAAGUUAGUUGAUCUCAAAUAUUGACCCACCACCAUGAAUUGUGCGUCAGGUGUUUCAAUUUAUUACUAGAUGAACUAAGUUGAUGCCGCCAGUUGGCUGAUUUUCUGGAACUGAAGCUGAAUAGCUUGGUGACCGUAUAUGGUUUACUAUGACAUCAAAACACUGCACUAAACUGCAGGAUUAUUAAGGAGUUCUUUUUUCUCAAGAAGGCAUCAAUUUUCAUCAACCAAUUGAAAACAGUUGAUCCACUAUUUUAAGAGUUGAUGGAUGAUUUGUUUCAACUAGCAUUUCCCAAGUUAAAUUUGGUAGCUGAACUCUUACUCGAUGCUGAACUAAAGUUCCAACGUAAACAAAUAUAAUACGAGAUCUUCUAAAAUUAAUCCAAAAAGGAAAAAGAAAUAAUGCAAAAAGAGAAUGUGCUGUUUUAUAUAUUAUGUAUCCUGUAAGUUACAAGAAAAUGUCUAUUUUUCUGUAUAGGUCAGUUUAAAAGGUAUAUUAAGUUCUGUGAAACUUAAACUUUGUGGUGGUCAGCACCUUGUGCGUGAUAAAUCGUGUACUAACUGUCGUAACUCGUGCAACAGCUUUAGUAAGUCACAUGUGGAUUGUCAAAUAGCAUGCGUUCCGAUACUAAUAUGGAUGUCAAUCACCUUUCUGAAACUCAGAUUGUUUUCAAACUGGACAACUUACUACCGAGAUUAAUCUUUUAUCUUUUGCAAAGGGGGGAAAGUAAUUAAAAACCAGUACAUUAUAAAUGCUGCUAUGGACAUUAAGAACGUCAAUUGCUUAAUAUCACACAAUAGCGUUAGGUGUAGUACUGGGUUUUAUUGUUUAAAACACAGUGCAUGCCAUAAUAAUAUUAGAAAAUUGAGCCUGAUAAUGAAAAAGGUAGUCGAUCCUCUUGAUGCAUGUUGUUCAAGGAAAGAGAUUACCUAUAAACUUUAGAGUGAAACUGGUGUUACUUGUAGACUAGAAAUUGUACAUAGUUGCGAAGUAGAAUAGAAAUCAUCAAAUACAAGGAAAUAACAAAGUAGGAAGUGUAGAAUAUCUGAAACCACCCACCCAACCUUGUCCUUCCUUUUCAAAUUGGAGAUGCUAGGAGUAUCUUCAAUUUGCAUUGAGCAUGAAUAAGUUUUUCAGAAUUAUCAAGUUGGCGAUCGCUUGGCCUAAGGAUGAUUUGCACAAAUUUCAGGAUGACAAUAUAUAUAAGACAUGUUCAUGGUUUCCGGAUUACUGCCUAAUGCCAUAUUAGAAGAUCCAUAUGGCUCGAGGAUGAGUUGUGUAUUAUAGGAUGACAAGAUACUUUUCAAAUGAAUCUUCAGAUGUUGUAUGUUGUCUGUGAUCAACCUAAAGGCAAGGGUGAGGUCACAAGGUGUUCAGUUGGGAAAAGCCUAUGACUAGAGAGUAUUGUUAAUGGACAACAAUUCUAUAAAGGAAGCAUUAUGGAUCAUCAAAUCAAUGGAAUAGUGGAGGAAAUAGGGGAGGAGAGCAAUGUUGUACGAGAAGGAAAGGUCACAACCAUUCUACCAAACACAAGGGGAGUUGACUUUCUCGUUGAUGUUUCAAACACGAAAAUACUAGUGGUACGAGGUGAUUGUAGUGAGAACAAAGUGAGCUUAUGAUGAUUGUUGAACGAGAAUGACAGAGAGGCUUUAAUAAUCACUUAAGAGUUUGGGAGAAAUAAUUCUUCAUUUAAUAUGUUUCUCUAAUCAUAUAUGGUAUAAAAGGAAAUAUAAUAUAUGUUGAUAUGCUUAAUGGAAGUAUACCAAUGUGAAUCAAAAGGUUAAUAAUCUCUUAUAGAUAUAAUUUUAUUUAGAUUCGUAUCUAACUAAUUCUCAAUUGACCUCUAGUAUGUUGCUCUAAUUCUUGAUUCACAUAUUAACAUAUUUGUAUUUCCUAUUAUGAUGUGUUGUAAUUCCUAUAUAAUAGUGUAACAUUUAUGAUUAGAGAAACAUACUGAAUGAAGCAAGGUUUAAAAUCUUGACUUGUGCCGAAGUUUCGGUCCCGGACCGGAACGAUACGAUUUCGGUAUUGUAUCAUACCAUGCCGAUAUA